AUGUCGCAGUGGUUCCAGCGACAUGCGCUGGGACCGAUGUGGUGUUGCAUCCUGGGGCUGAUCGCCGUUCACACUCCUCAGGCAUUGGACUUGCAAAGCUGCGAUCAGCGCUGGCGCCGAGAGGAGGCCUUGUCACAGCUCUAUUUGCGACUGUCGCAAUGGGAUCGAGAAGGAGUGGAGCAGACCCACCACUUUUACGAUAUGUCCACCACCUUUAUGCUUCUUGCCCGGGGCGCCUCAUUUGCGCGGCAGCCAACGCGAGAGGAGGAGGCUGAGAUGGAACCAACCAUCAAGAGCCGUUUGCUGAAUGCCUUUGCGCGAUUAGGUGGCUUUCCAGAGCGCUGUGGGAUUUGCGUGGCCGCCCUGGACACCUGGAGCGUUGGCAUUCAGAGCCACUUUCGGCCAGGCAGCUUUGGACAUCGCUCAGCAGGAGAUCCUUUGGUGGCGAAGCAUGUUGUGGAGCAGCUGCCUCCAGGGAAGUAUUGUCAUGCAUUGGCUUUGGAGAGGGAGCACUGGGAAAAUCUCUACGUGUCCCCUUUGGAGAUUCACGAGCACUUGGCGCGUGACGUGCUUUACGGCAAGCGUGUCCUCCUCCUCCAUGGCAGCCUCACCCAGCCCUCGAAGCUCCCUGCCUUUCGCUUUGCCCAAUCAGUGGCCAUGGCUGGGGUGGACCUCCCUGCAGCCGUGCGAGUUGAUGAGCUCUUGGCCGACCUGGCCGGCCUGCUCUCGCAGGUGGAGCUGGUCCUGCUGUCACUGCCACCCGGUGUGGGAGCCCUGGUGGCGAUGGAGGUGACCUGCCGCUUCGGUGUCCAGGCAUUGGAUGUUGGGCGCCUGGCGCUCACAUCGCUGCCCGGCCCCAGAGCGCCAGCGCCUUUGACGUCGCGAGCCCCGGGCGGGGAGGAGUUCCCCGCACGCGCGGAGGUCAGCGCGAGCGUGCCAACCGGCGCGAAGCGGCGGAUGGAGUUGAAUGGUAUUUGGCAGGUCCAAGUGACCUCAGACACAGUGAGCCUGCAGGAGCUCUCAGAGGACUGGCAAAGCAUCGAGGUGCCGUUUGCACCCCAGUCCUAUCGAGGGCUUGCAACGAAGAUUGCGGCUGUGGAGGCUGUGUGGUACCGACGAGAACUUUAUUUGGAUGAGAGUUGGUGCAAAGCUGGAGUGCUGCAACUAUAUGUGGAUGCUUGUGACUGGGAAUGCGCCUUCUACCUGAAUUCCAUUCCCCUGGGCGUGCACCGUGGUGGCUAUGACCCCUUCAAUCUAUCUUUGCCAGAGAUCUGUGAAACUCGCCUUUGGCUCACCAUCCGCGCGUGGGAUCCCACGGACGAGGGCUGUGCCUUCACGGACACUCCGCCCAUCCCCUGUCACAGAUGUUGUGAAACUGGAUGGCAGCCGCGCGGAAAACAAUCCCUCAAGCCUUCGUCCAUCAUGUACACAGCGGUCACAGGACUUUGGCGGCAAGGGUUGUGGAUUGAAGAACUUCCUUCAUGCUACAUCCAUGACCUGGACGUCUCGGUUCUGACAGAGAAGGAGCUGAAGGUCCAAGUGGUCGCAAACUGUGCCGAGCCGAUCUCCAUCGAGGUCUAUCGGGAAGCCCAAGCCACAGAGCUCAUAGCGCAUGCUGCUGGGCCUUGCUGCGAGAUGCAUUUGCACCUGGACCAGGCCCUGGAUGCAUGGUCACCGGAGUCGCCGCGGCUCUACGAGCUGCGCGCCUCGCUGGGAGCGUCGGCGUUGCUCGGCGCGCGCGGGGCGCGGAGUCGGCGCUUCGCGCGGCGGAGCCUGGAGAUCCGCGAGGAGCGCGUGCUGCUGAACGGCGAGGCGGUCUUUAUGCACGGUGUUUUGUACCAGGGAUACUGGCCCGAAUCGCUCCUCACACCUCCGGACGCGAGCGCGGUGGAGCGAGACCUUCGUGCCAUCAAGGCCUGUGGCUUCAACACCGUGCGUGUGCAUGCAGUGGUCAUGAGCACUACAUUCUAUUCCCUUUGCGACGAGCUGGGGCUGAUGGUUUGGCAGGACAUGCCCGCAGGCGACAUGCGGGCCAUGCCCUUGUGGUCGGAUGGCCGAGCCAUUGCGGAAGAGUGGGCUGACCCUGCUUGGAGCUUGGACGAGAUCGUUCGCAGCGAACCCAGCCAGAGCGCCUUCUGGCAGGAACUGCAGGCCAUGAUCAAGUACUUGAAACCCUAUCCCUCGAUCGUGAGCUGGGUGCUCUUCAAUGAGGGCUGGGGGCAAGCAGAGACCCAGGCGACGGUGGACUGGGUGCGUCAAUUGGAUUCCACGCGCUUGGUGGAUGCCGUCAGCGGGUGGAACGAGGUUGGAAGUGCGUUGGGGGAUUUUGCCGACAUCCACAACUACGAAGACAACUCCUCUGCCUUUGGUGCCUUGCCCGAGAGCUUUGUAAACUAUGCGGCCUGGGGCUACAACAUUUCAGGCCGUGUCCCCGUGCUGGGAGAAUAUGGCGGCUUGGGUUACGCUGUAGAGGGACACCGAUGGUCUCAGCAUCAUGAGUGGGGCUAUGGAGAGAAGGAGGUCAACCGCAACCCAGAAGUCUUCGCUGACGGCUUGGAGAGGCUCAUGGGACGUUUGCUUCGUGCGAUUUGCGCUGGGGGCGUGGCUGGAGCGAUCUACACUCAAUGGACGGAUGUGGAGACGGAGGUGAACGGACUACUGACCUACGACCGACAGUUUAAGCUGCCUUUGGAGUUCUACCAAGAGUUCAGCAGUCGAGUCUUAUCUAUCGCAAGGAAGUGCUGGGCAGUGGUUCAAAGCACCGCGGAGCCAGAGAGCAAAAGGGUCUCACUGCAAGAGCCUGGGCAGCCGGGCAUGCGUUUUUUCUUGUUUCUCACACUUCCAGGUCCGGAACGAGACACCAAAGAGAAGGUGUGGAUGGCCCUGGAGAAGGCGACCAAAGAUGGCCAGCCCAUGUGCGCCAAUUGCCAAGGGAAGAAGAAGCCACCACCACCAGAUGGGGGCUUCUUUGCCAAGCUCUUUGGUUUUGCCUCGUCCCCAUCCUCUUCAAGUGCUGAGGUGGUGGAAAGCGAUAGUGAUUACGAGGAGGAUCAGGUGGAUGAAGAGACUGGCCUUGUUGGAGCUCACUGCUAUACGCUCCUGGCUGCGGUCGAGGCGGCUGCAGACGGAGGAACCAGUUGGUUUCGCAAAGAGCGUUGGAUUCGCCUUCGCAAUCCUUGGGGGACUGGACGCUGGAAGGGUGGUCCGCAGAAGACUCGUUUGCCAUUCAGCGGCGCAUUCUUUGACUGCGGAAUUCUUGACAAGGAAGCAAGAAGGGCUUCAAAGAGCGCACCGGCCCAAGUCAAUGAGAAGCAGGAAGGUCCUGAAGGGGAGAUGCUGGAAGAAGACCUGGGAACCUUCUGGAUGCGCUUCUCCAACUUUUGCGAAGCCUUCUCGACGGUGCAAGUUUCAGAAUACCGUCCUGGCUAUGUGUCCACCUUGUGCCACCUGAAGCCAACUGCUUCGCAGGUGGCUGUGAGUGUGGAUUUGCCAUUGGACGACCAAAAAGAGAUGGAGGCUGUCAUCUCUGUGAUCCAAGAAUCCGACGAAGCCUUCACCCGUAACCAGCGGAAGAAGUAUUCUGCAGUACGCUUGGAGCUCUUUGAGUUAACAUCGCCAGGCGGAUCCCCGUCUUCGUGGACCCGGGGUGCACGACAUGUGGCCUCCUCCAGCUUCGCGACGCAACGGGAGACGGUCUUACGUGUGGCGAUGAAGACAGGCACCAACUACUUGGUCGUGGUUCACUGGCUUCAAGCCCAGCCGCCACAGAGCUGGAAUUCUGAUGCCACCUUCCGUGUGUAUGCACCACGCCCCGUGAGUUUGGAAGAUGCUGCGGUGCGCGGCUUUGCCGACUUGGCACAGCGGGAGGCUUAUGAGGCAGCAGCUUUCGGACCACGGGGUGUUUGCCUCAAGGAGCAAGGAGGUGUGCAGCUGCGCUGCUGGAGUGACCGGGACAGUGGAACCAUCGCCCUCGUCUUUGAUGCCACGGUGGCACCUGCUGGGCUUAUGGCAUCCAUCCAUUGGAGGCUUCAGAAUGCCAAUUUGCAGCCCAGUUUUCCAGAUGAAGGAAGUCUCAAGGCGAAGGGUGUCCAGGAGCAUGUGCAGCAAGUCGAGCUGAAGCCGGGGCAGAGCCACUUACGCUACAUGAAACUGUUUGGGAACAAGUUAGGCAUGAAACUGGAAGGGGAUACGGCAGGUAUGAAACUGUAUUGGACGCCGUUGAGCAAAUGUGGAGGUCGUUUAGCCUGUUUGAGAGGGAUUUGCUUGUUCAUGUGCUUGCCCGCUGUUCCUCACCUCGAGGAAAGGCGGCUGGUGACAAGUAGGUUGGUUUUGCACCACGCAACUAACUGCACUGGGUGGUAUCAGCACCCUCCACAUUUGUACCUACCGCGCUUGAGAGCAGUUAGCAGCUCAAUACAGUUCAUGUGUGUUCAUCUAUUUUCAUCUCUUGCAAUUUCAGCACAUGUUGUGUCUUGCAAAGUAACCGAUGUGGACUCGCGUUCCACAGGUUCUUCAGGUUCGCGCGCCAGGUUGAGCCCCACGCGCCACUCAGGACAGCUGACCUUAGUGAGUUGGUUGGACCCAGCCACGGCCUUCUCUGCCAGCUACAGCUGGCAAGCUGCGACCGAUCCCUGUAGGGAGCCAAGUAAAGCAGAGAGAAGCAAUGAGCCACUGAUGAGUUCAAUGACUUUCUGUUACUUCUUGACAAUGACUCGAUGA